GAUGAUCAAGCUCGCAGUUUUUGCCCUCGCUUUUGCCGUGGCUUCUGCCCACACAGACGCCAACUGGCUUAUCUUCAAAGCCAAGCAUAACAAGAGCUACAGUGGAGAAGAUGACGUCAUCCGUCGCUUCGUGUGGCAGUCCAACCUGAAAAAGAUUGAGGAACACAAUGAACUGUAUGCCCGAGGAAUCAAGAGCUACUACCUGGCAGAGAACAAAUACUCUGAUAUGACCAACGAUGAGUUCAACAGGAUAAUGAACGGCAUGAACGUACACAAGGAGCCAGGCAAAUACGUGAGUGGCCAGUACAAGGCUUACCUGCCCGCCUCCGUGGACUGGAGGAAAAAAGGAUACGUCACACCGGUCAAAGACCAGGGACAGUGUGGAUCAUGCUGGGCUUUCUCCACCACUGGCAGUCUUGAGGGUCAACAUUUCAAGUCCUCCGGAAAACUGGUCAGCCUCUCCGAGUCCAACCUGGUCGACUGUUCACAGAAAUGGGGAAACCAUGGCUGUAAUGGCGGUCUCAUGGACCAAGGAUUCCAGUACGUAAUUGACAACAAAGGUAUUGACACUGAAACGAGCUACCCAUACAAGCCAGAAGACCGUCCCUGCAGCUUCAAGCGGGCAGAUGUCGGAGCCAAAGAGAAAGCCUUCCAAGACGUGACAAGCGGUAGUGAGGAUGCCCUGCAAAAAGCUGUUGCCGAUCUGGAACACUUCAUGGGGCAUGGACGGUUACAUUCUGAUGAGCAGGAACAAGGACAACCAGUGCGGUAUUGCUACCAUGGCCAGCUAUCCCACCAACGUCAACUAAUAUUAUGUUAUUUUGUCACAAUAACUGUGUGUCUUAUUUGUCCAUGGUGCAAUAAUAUUAUAUUUGUAUGAGUUCGAUAUACUUUUUUCUAAUAAAAAUCAAUUAUGUCUUAA